AUGGAGUGGAGUCAAGAUAAAACUCUGCAACUUAUCGAAUCCUAUCGUUUACAUCCUGUGUUAUGGGAUUGUAAAUUAUCUGAGUAUAAACUUCGAGAAAAACGAUACGACGCUUGGAACGAGAUCGCCAAUUCGUUAAAUGUAGAGAAGGACGAAGUUGAAAGAAAGAUUAAAAACCUUACAAGCCAUUUUUCUAGAGAGUCCAAGAGAGUUAGAGAAGAAAAAAUUGCAAAUACAAAAUCUGGAAGUGGGGCUUCGACAUAUGAAGGAAAAUGGUUUGCAUUUAAGAGCAUGGAAUUCCUGUUAGAUAGGAACAAACCGAGAACUACGGUGAAUACAGAGCAUCCAACGAACUUUUUCGUGCCACCCUGGGAAAAUUAUUAA